UUCCUACUCGUUGGCAGAAUAAGCUCAUCAUGCUAAUCAAGGUUACAGUGAUCGCUACAGCGCUUCUACUGGGCGCAUGCUACUCUGCAGAGAUGGAAGGCUCAGAUACUCAAGACAGGCUGUUCGUGUGCUACUUGGCGAGCUGGGUGACUCGCCGCGGCUUCUCCCUGGAAGACGUGCCGACUCGGCUGUGCACGCACCUGCUCUACGCCUUCGCCGCGCUGCAGGCGGACGGCAGCCUGGCCAUGAGGGACCCCGCCGUCGACGGGCCUCAGGGACUAUACGGCUACAGGAGGUUCGUGGCGCUGAAGGAGAGGAACGCCGACCUGAAGACGAUGGUCUCGAUCGGCGGCUGGUCGGCCGGCUCGGCCAACUUCUCGGCCGUGGUUAGCGACGAGGGUCUGAGGGCCAGGUCCGCCGAGAGCGUCGCCCAGUUCGCGCUGCAGCACGGCUUCGACGGCGUCGACGUCGACUGGGAGUACCCGGGCCGACGCGAGAACUCCUCCGCCUCGGACAAGGAAAACUUCGUGAAAUGGCUGGCGCUACUGAAGCAAGAACUCUCUAAGCACGGCUUCCUGCUGUCAGUGGCGGUCGGCGCGAAAAGGAGAAUCAUGGAUUCGUACAACGUUCCCGAGAUAGCCAAAAAUGUAGACUUCAUCACCCUCAUGACCUACGUAUUCCACAGCAGCAGUUUCGAGAAAAAAACAGGCUACAACGCCCCCCUGUUCCGCAGGCCAGACGAUUUCGACCCCCUUCACAAUGUGGACGGGUGCGUGGCGGCGUGGCUGGACGCGGGGGCGCCUCCCGGCAAGCUGCUGCUCGGCAUGCCCCUGUCCGGACAGUCGUACGAGCUGGCCGACGAGUCGCGCGCCGGAGUGGGCGCGCCGACCGUGGGGCCCGGCCCCGCCAACCUGUCCACCGCGUUAGGCCAGAUGUGCCAGAUGCUGAAAAAUGAAGUCUGCGAUUGGUCAGUAAGCUGGGAUGAGUAUGCCCUGGUGCCACGUGCUACGAAAGGCAAGUGGUGGAUCGGCUACGAGGAUCGCCUGUCGAUAACUGAGAAGGCGCUGUACGCCGUGGGACGCCACCUGGGCGGCGCCAGCGUGUGGGCUCUCAACGCCGACGACUACGCCGGGCGCUGUUUCAACAUCAAGUACCCGCUCCUCACCAACAUCCUCCGAGUCAUCCACUACGACCGAUACCUCGAGUACCGCCGCCAUUCCCUCUAUGACCACCAUGAAACUUGGGGCAACAAUACUCUUCACGCAACCAGCAAUAACGCAUGAAUGAUCAGUGGUUUUUGCACGUAUAAAUUUACGCCGUACAAACGUAUUUCUUAUAUUAAUAAAUAUUACUUCAUUACAA